GUCGGUGGAUGAGUGAGAUGUGCUCCCGAGAAGACGUCUCUCAGUCUUGUCAAGCAGGAAGGAUUUCAGUCGAUGUUCCAACAAGACCCUGCAAUAGAAUGUGCUGACAUCGUAAGCAGCAGUGAUGUGGACCAGAACACCAACCGGGAUGAACGGGACCACCGGGUCCUCCUACCAGGAGGGGAUGUUCCUGGGCAACGGCACUCUGGCCUACGUCUCCAACUCCAGCCUGCCUUCUCCGCUGCUGCCAAACAAGACCGGCACCAUGAAACCUGCAUGUGAGCAAGUCCACAUUGCCGUGGAGCUCUUUCUGAUUCUGGGAAUCAUUUCCCUGUUGGAGAACAUCCUGGUCAUCACAGCCAUUGUGAAGAACAAGAACCUUCAUUCUCCCAUGUACUUCUUUGUGUGCAGUUUGGCAGUAGCGGACAUGCUGGUGAGCGUGUCCAACUCUUGGGAAACGGUGGUCAUUUAUCUGCUCAACAACCAACAGCUGGUGGUGGAGGAACACUUCAUCCGACACAUGGACAACGUCUUCGACUCCAUGAUCUGCAUCUCUGUGGUGGCCUCCAUGUGUAGUCUGGUGGCCAUCGCAGUGGACAGGUACAUCACCAUCUUCUACGCUCUGAGGUACCACAACAUCAUGACGGCGAGGCGAGCCGGCUGCAUCAUCGGCAGCAUCUGGGCCUUCUGCACCGGCUGUGGAAUUGUCUUCAUCAUCUACUCGGACACCACCUCCGUCAUCAUCUGCCUGGUGGCCAUGUUCUUCAGCAUGCUGCUUAUCAUGGCGUCCCUUUACAGCCAUAUGUUCAUGCUAGCGCGCUCGCACGUCAAGCGCAUCGCCGCGCUGCAACAGGGCUACAGCAGCGUCCGCCAGAGGACCAGCCUGAAGGGCGCCAUCACACUCACCAUUCUCCUGGGCAUCUUCAUCGUCUGCUGGGCUCCCUUCUUCCUCCACCUCAUCCUGAUGAUCUCCUGUCCCAGGAACGUGUACUGUGUGUGCUUCAUGUCCCACUUCAACCUCUACCUCAUCCUCAUCAUGUGCAACGCCGUCAUCGACCCGCUCAUCUACGCCUUCAGGAGUCAGGAGAUGCGCAAGACUUUCACCGAGAUCUUUUGUUGCUUCAACCCCAGGAACUGUUACACCAACAUCUGCGCUCUGACUGCCAAGUGUUGAACACCUGAAGCUGCUCAGCACUUGUGGAAAAACCAUGGAGGCUAUUUCAUCCCUACAAGCCUGUUACGCAGAUUUCCCUGAAGAAACAGGCUUGUAGGGAUGAAAUAGCCUUCGUGUUUUUUCCUGACCUAAUGAAUAUUUAUGUAUAUAUAUAUAUAUAUAUAUACACUACCGUUCAAAAGUUUGGGGUCACCCAAACAAUUUUGUGGAAUAGCCUUCAUUUCUAAGAACAAGAACAGACUGUCGAGUUUCAGAUGAAAGUUCUCUUUUUCUGGCCAUUUUGAGCGUUUAAUUGACCCCACAAAUAUGAUGCUCCAGAAACUCAAUCUGCUCAAAGGAAGGUCAGUUUUGUAGCUUCUGUAACGAGCUAAACUGUUUUCAGAUGUGUGAACAUGAUUGCACAAGGGUUUUCUAAUCAUCAAUUAGCCUUCUGAGAAAUAAUCAGCAACCACAUUGUACCAUUAGAACACUGGAGUGAUAGUUGCUGGAAAUGGGCCUCUAUACACCUAUGUAGAUAUUGCACCAAAAACCAGACAUUUGCAGCUAGAAUAGUCAUUUACCACAUUAGCAAUGUAUAGAGUGUAUUUCUUUAAAGUUAAGACUAGUUUAAAGUUAUCUUCAUUGAAAAGUACAGUGUUUUUCCUUCAAAAAUAAGGACAUUCCAAUGUGACCCCAA